UCUUAGACGAGGGUGCUGAGCAGGCAGAGAGCUGGAACUCCGGGUCUGGUUCGGAUCUGUGCAGACCGGACAGGAACAGGAGAAGGCACACAAGCACAAAAAGAGCCCUCAAAGAGAACUAUGUUAAGGAUAACAAGACUAUAUGUCAUCAAAUUGUCCGGGUUCUGACAAAAAAGAAAAAAAAACUGGGAUCCUGAAAACAACAAAAUUUGCUGUUCAACAGACACUAGUAGAGCCUCAAGAAGUACACACUGGAGAAUCAGAGAAGCGGUGUUCAUCCAUUCAAAGCAAAGCCCUGGUAGAACGAAAACUGACUAGAUUAGAUCAGCCAGGUAUAACAAGUGUCUGACCACAACGGAGAAUAUUCUAUUAAUUAUUACCAGCAUUGAUUAAGUGUUAACUGGAAAAGAGUUGAAGCAAUGGAUGCACUACCAGAAACAAAAGGAAAAGGUGUUUUGAUGUUUGUUCAAAGACGCAAACGGAUUGAUGAAUUUAUAUUAGAGCAGGAAGAACUGAGCAGUAAACAACCGCCAAUGGGUGCUGCAAUAGAACGGCAAAGAACGGAAGAAAGGAACGUUAAUGACACAAUGAAAGUAUAUGCCAAAGAGACUAAAUACAUUGGUGUUAAUCCAAAAAAGCCUUUGGAGCACCAUCAAGAUGCUCAACAGACAAACAACCUGUCCAACAUGCCUAAGCCUUUGGUGCCAAAUAGAACUGCAAGACCUUUUCUGGGGUUUCAAGGUGGCUUCACUGUAGCUGAGGAAACUCUUCAAGCCCCAAUGGAGGAAGUAAAAUUCAAACGGCCUUCACUGCCCAACAGCAACCCAAAAGUGUGGUCUCCAACAGCAGACAUAAUUGCCUCAAGAGAUGAGCGUAUAUAUGUGCCAGCAAUAAAGACUGGCAUUCUUUCAGACUCCAAAAGGAAAUCUGCAAACAAGCAGCCGCCAGCAUCUGCACAAGCAUCUGAGCGCCAAAACAAAGGAGAGAGGAGGUCCUACAUUGAACCAGAGGAAGACUGUUUUAGUUUGGGUGCUGAAGCUUGUAACUUCAUGCAACCCAGGACAAUUAAACUUAAAAACCCACCUCCUGUUGCCCCCAAACCCCCCAUCAAUCCAGCCUGCCCACCCUGGAUGACAAAGAGUCCUUCUAGUGAACUACAUGUUCCUUCAAGGAGUCCAAUCUCACAACUAUCUCGCAGUCCUGUGGGGGGUCACAGCCAGAAUGACGGGGUCCAGCCUCAAAAGAUGACAAGCGGUUGGCCAUCAGAUCAAACUCAGGCCGCUCUUCAAACACCUGCCAAUGCCUGGGUUUCAGUCAGCUCCUCUCCCAAACUUCAUCCCCAGCCAAGCACAAAUAGCUGGAGUCAUCAGCCAUCAUCUGUGAGUAUGCAGGCCAGCAGUCCUUCUUACAGUCCCUAUUCACCCUCAAUCAGUAAGUCAGACAGCGCUCCAAAUUUAGUUGCUUCUUCUUCAUCACAGACAGAAAAGUGUCACAUCCAUGUAAUAAAUGCCUCCCAAGUUCCUUCAAAGGUCCCAACCUCCAGUAUAGGUGUCAGUCAGGCUGCAAGAGGUACAGCCAUGGCAGGAAAAGGCGCACAAUUGUUUGCCAAAAGACAGUCUCGUAUGGAGAAGUUUGUUGUUGACUCAGAAACUGUGCAAGCUCACCAAACCAGACCCCAUUCGCCAACUCAGUCCCUCCCCAACUCUUGGAGAUAUUCAUCCAAUAUUAGAGCCCCACCUCCACUGUCUUAUAACCCUCUGCUUUCCCCAUUUUACCCUCCAUCCGCAGCCAAGAAGCCCCUUCCCACAAGCCCAGAAGUAAAGUCCAAAGAGAAACCUAAAUCAUUUCCCAAGCAGCUCAACGCCUUAGAUAUUAUGAAACACCAGCCGUACCAGUUGGACUCGUCACUAUUCAAGUAUGAUGUGGUCCCUGAGGGCAAAGCCCCUAGUCCUAAACCUACUCCUGCGUCAAAGUUUGAAGUUACAAAAAGCCGCAAACAAAGAUCAGCCUCCCUUCGUUCCUCCUAUAAAAGCCCUGAGCUUUCAGCUCAAAGCAAAGCAGAGACUCCUGCUAAGUCCUCUGAAUCGGUAAGUCUCCAAGUUUUCUCUGCCAAAAACACAAGAUCAGCUGGGCUGGUUGAGGCUGACAAGCAUUUGGAUAAAAAGCUCACUGCCACAACCACCGCCCAUCGCGUAAGCAGCAAGCAAGCACCAAGAGCCCGAUUUGCAAGCACAUCAUCCCAGCACUCGUCCCUUGGUGACAGCAUAGCUUCAGCUUUCUCUCCUGCAUCUCUUAUUGCUAGAGGCGCACGUCAAAUGGCUCCUCGGCCAAAGUUUUCAGCAAAGAAACCAGUGGUGACUAGCAAGCAGUGGAAGCCUGUUGCAAUGCUUCAUUCGAUCUGAUACAGAACAUUGUGCUGAAUUAGUAAAGUCUGAGACACCACUAGGCUCAUUAUAACUACAACUCUGUGACUUCCGCGUCUUAACAGGUCGAAACGUUAAGAGUUUUGCACUAUAUCUACACUUUAUCCAAUUUGAACCACACAAAAAUUUCAACCCUUUUAAAUUUGUGGUCCAUGGAUUAAGAAAUGAACUUUAUGUACUUCAUUUUUAUUUUAUAUUCUGCCAAUUUGUGCCAAAAAGUAAUUUCAUAUUUCAGAAUUUAGUGCAAUAAUUCCCCUAAGAUGACAAUCGAAUGAAUCAUUAAAAAUUUUUUAUUCAAUUGCACGAAUGAUGUCUUUAAACAUUUUCAAAAGGCCCUGAAAAUGUUUUUGCCUCCUGAAAAGUAAGGAAAAAUCAUUAUAGAUUCUCAGGAAGGGCCAUUACUUUUACCAUGUCGUGUGCACAAAGGCCUAUCAACAGUUUGCUCUGCUCUACAUCAGCUGUUUUUUUAUUUAGCAUCAGAAAUUAUUAAACCCCUCCCAAACAAAUUUUUAUAAAGUUGAAAUUAAACAGGUUGGCCAUUUGAGGAAACAAUAUUUGACCUCUUUAGAAAUUUAAGGAUUCAUUGUGUUUGGAUCUAACCUGUAGUCAUACUUUAUUUGUGUGCACACAACUAUAGAUUCCUUCAGUCUCAUUCCAGACUUUGAUGGUGUCACAACAAAUAAAUGUUUCACUGCUGUGAUUAUGAA